CGAGACAACAAAAACAAAAAUAAUAAAAUUCCAGUUCUUCCCAAAAAUUUUGCGUCAAAAUUAAAUUUUAGUUAAAAUUUUAAUUAGAGCACACUGCUCAUCAAAAAUCGCAUUCAAAAUUCAAAAUUUAUGUGGCUUUUUUGAUUAAAAUUACCGAGUAGUUUAGAGACGUUUCAUAUUUGAAAUGGAAGAUUUCAAUGAAGAGACCCAAUUUGUGGCCGACGAAGUAAGUGGAAUCGUGAAGGAAACGAUCGAGAACGUGAUCGGGGGACAAGUUUACUGCAACAGCAAAGUGAGUACUUGGACAUCGUCAGUCGUUGAAGGAUGUCUCCUUGGUUUGACAGCGCUCCAGAAACCGUUUAAGUAUAUUGUAAACUGUACCAUCAUGCAGAAGUCCGGAGCUGGUUUACACACAGCGAGUUCGUGCUACUGGGACAAUGCGACGGACGGAUGUUGCACUGUCAGAUGGGAGAACAAGACUUUGUACUGUAUCGUCUCUGUGUUUGGUCUAGCAAUUUAAAUUAUUUCAACGACAUUCCUACAUUUCCUCGAGACAGUUUAAUCAUUAUCAUGAUUCAAGUCAUCUCAUCCCACUGAAGAACAAUAUGUAUUUAUUCCAUCGGUUUUAAUUAAUAAUCAAUGCCAUAUCCUCCCAACUAUGCUGGCCGAAGAUACAAAAGAACAUCGUAUUUCUCGCCUUACUACCGUUAUUAUUUAUCGCAAGUAGGUAGUAACGGCAUCGCCACGAGAUUUCCAUUCCACUUUUCCACCUCAGACUCAUCGGUUCUAAUUUCGACUAUAAAAACUCUUUCUUGAUAUCGGAGCAAGGAUGUAAGAAUAACGUAACAUGUAACUUGUAUAAAUCUGGAAAUGCGUGUAAAAAUUUUUCAUUUUAAUAUAUAAAAAUAAUCUUAUCAAAGAAA